UGUCUGUCUUUAAUUGGCCUCUGGACGGAUUACACGAGUUUCCUCAAUUGAACAGUGUUGAGUUUAAACGCGCCCGUUUCUCUGUGAUUUUUCCCCUGAUUAUUAGAAGUCAGACACAUUUACUUUUUGUCCGGUCUGAGUGUAAACGGACAGCUAGCUGUUACCCGUGCGGAUGGUUGUGGAUUAGCCUUUUUCUCUUCGCCCUCCGUCCUGCUCCUCUAAUGACUAAAAUGCUUUCUCACCGAACGGCCACAUUUCCCUGAAGCUCGUCAAUUUGCGUUUAAAAACAAACAAAAACAGUUACAAGAUGACUCGUAUUUUCUGGGAUGUAAUUUUCCUCAUAAGCGGUACUUUUAGUAUGUCUGUGGUACUUGAUGGAGCUUUCUUUACAUUUGGUGCAGGAUAUGGGAAUUCAACCGUUACUGAUGCCAGCAAUGCCAUCGAUGCAAACUCGACUGGUGCACCAGACACCUCUGUGAGCAGUUCUGCAACAACAACAACCACCACCACCACUACAAAUUCCAUUGCAGCAACCACAGUGACUGCUACGAACACCCCUCAUGUUAAAAAGUUUGUGGCAGCUCUUCAUCAGCCUCAUUUUCAUGACUGUCCAGAUUCCCACCGCCAUUUCUGCUUCCAUGGCACAUGUCGCUUCCUGAUACUGGAGGAGACGCCUGCAUGUGUGUGUCACCCAGGCUUUGUGGGGAUGAGGUGUGAACACGCAGACUUGCUCGCAAUAGUAGCAACCAAUCACAGGCAGCGGACAACUUCCACAGUGCUGGUGUUGUGUGCGAUUGGCUGUGUUUUGGUCAUGGUGCUGUGUACUUUUGUACAUUUUUGGUGGAGGCGGGACUGCCGAAGGCGAAGGCACACCUCUCAUCAUUGUGUCGUAGAGAAAUCCAGCAGCACACCCAGACACAGAACGCCUUGUCUUCCUGAGAGCGUGGUUUGAGAAGACAACAUUCCACUGUUGGCAUCAGUCUUCAUCAUCCGUUCAGGACUCCCAACCUCAGGAUUAUACUGAAAAAUGUGAAAUGUUCUCAACCUGUUGGCCUGGCCAUAGGCAAGGAAGCGCUGUUGUCUAUGUGGGUAAGGUAGGAUACUUAUAAUGGGCGCUUAAAUGUUCAAGACAUUUUUCCCCUCACUGACUGGGACUUUGAAACUGCAACCUAGAAACAUAUUUGCUUCACUCUUGGAUUCUGUGAAGUUCACCCUGAGGAUGAAGCUGCUGCCUGUAUGUGCAGAGCUCCGUGUGUCCUGAUUACUGUAUAUGGCUGGCCUCGAACGUGACAAAAGGUCUGUAAGGACAUAAAUCAUCCCGUGUGGAUGCUGAAUAGGAAAUGUUUAUUUUGGGCUGUGGAAUGCACGCAAGUUGGAAGAAGCCAAUUCCUGUUUUUGUCUUUUAAGAACUUUGCACAAUUUUCUUGAACUGUACAAGCACAGUGGACAUUUUUAAUAAGUUAUGGGGAAAACUGAUGCUUUAAAAGGUUUUAGUGUCUGGUUUUAAAAGGACUGCACAUCACUUGACAGAAUUAGGAAUUGUUAACUGGACUGACUGCUAAUGCAUUAAGAAACCUGGAUAUACCCAUACGCAACUGUCAGUAUUUAUAACUGGUGCAAGUGUCAGUAACACACAGGUUUGCCGUAGGUCUGCUGUCACUUUGGGGUGGAGAUACAGGUAUUAUUUCAAUGGACUUGACAUCUCCAGCAUUGUAUUUGAGGCUAAAAUUUUUUUGUUACUUAACAUAUCCCUGUAUCAGGGGCUUAUGAUGUGAAUGCUGUAACUUAAGACAUACCCCCCACACACACACUUUGCAGCCAAAUUCUUUUGUACUUUAAAUGUUACACUUUUCUGUAAGUUGCUGAGCAUUCGUAAGUGCACGUACAAUCACUUGUUUUAACAAACACUUAAUGUCCCUGAGAGAUUUCAAAUGCACUUAUUUCAGUCAUCUAAAUGAACACUGAAAUGAAAAAGGCACGUGGUGUGUUCCGUACAUAUUCACCCAAGCAUGCACUUAAAACAGUUUGUACUUUUAUAGAAAUAGUUUAAAUUUGUUGCACUUUUUUUUUUUAAAUCUCAAGAAUAGUGUGGUUAUUUACUUUACUCUUGAUGUUGAGUACAUUUUAAAAGUAGCCUCUGAAGGCCAGUUUAAAAAAAAUAAUGAACUGGAGAAUUGAAAGAAAAUGACAUAACUACAAACAGACUGUGUUAAAGUGUAGUUUGUUUUUUGGGGGGUGGGGGGGAUCAUUUGAGUGAUAAAAUGACAAUGUUCAGGAUGUGGCAACAUCCAUCAUGCAAUGAAUGUGAUGGUGUUUAAAUGCCAAAAUACUGUGAGGAGAUGAUGCAUUUUUUGUACAGUAUUAAAUAUUUGCAUGUGGGAAAAUGUUUACUGUAACAUCAAUGUCUAAAUAUCAAAAGUAAAGUGGUGUUGAUAUGGGAUACAUGUUGCAGUGAACCGUGAGGUGCAGUUUGUGACGGGUCCCACUGUCAUAUUUAUCUUGUCAGAACUGAAAGGUCAGUUUUCUGCAUUUCUUUUCAAUGAUUAAAUAAAUAAAAAU